AUGGAUGAAAGCCAUCUGAUGGGCGACGACUUGCCGCUCCCGCCUACGCGGCUCUUCGAGAGGCUCGGCCAUUUACCCGGUUACAAGUGGGAUCUGUCCAUAGAACCAUUUCAUUCCACCUACAAUCAUUGGCAUAUUCAUGGGUACUGUCAUGUGGUCGAAUCGGACAUCUCGACGCCGAUCGCAACCUCUUCUAACCCUACAUCUUCGGGGCCAUCCAGUUUGACACGCUACUCGCCCAGAACGGAGGCUCGCUCCUCCACGCGCACCCCUCGAACAGCUAGCAUCAGCGAAACCAGUAGCGAUGUUUCAUUGUCGCGGGGCGAUCAAGAGCAGAUCUGGCUUCCCGUCGUCGCACGCGUAUCUACGAAUGUUAUCCGACUCGAGCGGGAGUUUCAUAUGAUCAAGACCAUCGUACAGUCUUCAGACCCAGACUGUAAUCACACUAUUAAGCCGAUUGAUUUAUUACGCCUGUCGCCAGAGCCAGGGGAUACAGGUACAUUUCUCGUGGCCAUAUUCGAAUCUCCCGGACACGAUCGAUUGAGAGACCUAGUGACCUUCGGACCGGCGUCAUUCAUUGCUGGUGUGAAAGGCGAUAACAACAACACCCCCAGCGAGCAAAUUCCUCUACCGACAUUCUUGGACUUUGCCAUCGGUGCUUGCGAUUGCUUGGAAAUUCUUCAUUAUGGUGUCAAAACGGUACAUGGAGAGAUUCGUGGCGAUGCAUUUCAUUUCAGUGCAGAAACUGGGGCAGUGAAGCUUGCGAAUAUAGGGAACGGUGCCAGGUCGUUUGACAACGUUCUCAGCGAAGGCUGGUCCUCGGUCUCCCGUGAACUUGGUGCAAAAUACAAGCUACAAUUCAUUGCUCCUGAGCAAACCGGUAGAAUGCCCACAGAGCCGGACAGCCGCACCGAUAUCUAUGCGCUUGGUCUCCUGUUCUGGUCGAUGCUGGUUGGAAAGUUGCCUUUUGGUGGCGCUGAUCCUGUUGAAGUAGUUCAAAAUGUGCUAGGAAAAAGGUUGACUCCGGUCUCAGCGAAACGACUUGACGUGCCCGACGGUCUUUCGGCUGUGGUUCAGAAAAUGACGCAGAAAGUCGUCCAUGAGCGAUACAACACCAUCUCGUCCGUGAAGCGAGAUUUGAUGCAGAUAGCUCAACUGCUUGGAGACGGGGAAAGCGAAGCGCUUAACCGAUUUCAGGUUGCACAGAGAGAUGUUUCGUCUUUUUUCACGCUUCCCUCGCAGAUGUUUGGACGGCAAAUGGAAUUUGACACGAUCUUAAGCGUGGUCAACAAAGUCAGCAAACGCCAGGCGACUCUUUUCGCCAAGGCAUUCACCCAGAGUCCCUCAUCUGCCCUGGCCUCAAACUCUUCCAUUUCAGAAGGUCGCGUGGACAGUUUCGACCUCGCAUCGGUCUCAAGCGACUCCGGAUCCUUUCACUUGCCACCGCGGGCCAAUUCAACUUCCACUGGGCACCACGUGUCCCAAGUCAGCACACAUGAGUCUACUGCACACAGUGAUACUGGUGGCCCCAAGCAGAUCCAGAUGCCACCGAAUUUCGAAUUUUCACCACCAGGGUUAUCCAUGCUGAGUCCUCAGAAAACGCAGAGCCCGUCACACUCCCGUUCAUCUCAGCAUACAGAUCGCGAGACAUUUCCUGCAGCCAGCGUGACUCCCAACAGUUUGUCGAACCCUCACCUGUUUGCAACGUCAGAAUCCGUGGGUGCACUCUCAAAGCAAAAGGCCGGUACCAAAUCACGCCGAAAUGGGCGAUGCGAACUCAUCACUAUCAGUGGUGCGGCAGGGCUAGGCAAGACUGAUCUCCUGAAUCGAGUCCAGCCCGUCAUCCGCAAGUCUGGAUAUAUUGCCAUAACACGCCUAGACCGAGCGAAGCGCGUGCCGUUUGAGCCCUUUGCCAAAGUUCUUGCUAGCCUCCUACGCCAAAUAUUCUCGGAGCGGGAUGUUACAACAGAGUACCAUGAGAUUGUACGACAUGCCUUGCGACCAAUAUGGCCCACUCUGCAUAAAGUUCUCGACCUCCCGGAGCAGCUACUGUCUCCAGGAUCCAAGUAUAGUCCGGUAUCACCCAAGACAUCAAUAGCUCAGACCGUGACUCGGCCCGAUCGUCAAGGGAACGACCUCGUUGAUCGGAUCCAGAUACCCAGUUUAAAUCAAGGCCAGACAUCUGCUGAGUUUUUCUUGGCAAAUGCAGCGUCCAACAACAUGCGAUUGAUGGACAUAUUCCUGGAAAUUCUCAGAACACUCUGCCAAUUCAAACUAAUGGUCGUAUGCCUUGAUGAUAUCGAGUACGCAGACGAUGAAACUUUCGAGCUCGUUUUAAACAUAAUCCGUGUGAAGCUGCCUUGCAUUCUCAUUCUCACUAGCCGCAAAGAUGAGAUAGCACCUGACAACGUUCGGGCGCUCUUUGAGUUAGAGAGCCCCAACAUCACACAGAUCGAGCUUCACCCACUGAAUGAGGCAGAGAUCAUGAACUUCGUCGCUGCGGCAAUGCACCAGGCACCAAACCCGACUCUCACCCCACUGGCAGCUGUCGUGCAAGAGAAGAGUCAAGGAAACCCUUUCUAUGUGAGAGUCAUGCUGGAGACUUGCUACAGAAAGAACUGCAUUUGGUAUUCCUGGAAAGAUUCCAAAUGGUUGUUCGAUCUCGAUCGCAUUUUCACCGAGUUCGUGGCUCCUGUGUAUGGCGAAGGCCUGGGUCUAGGCUUCCUCACUAAACGGCUCCAGGAAAUUCCUGGCGCUGCUCGCUCCAUUUUGGUGUGGGGAGCUCUGCUGGGGAGCCCGUUCUCUUUCUCGCUCGUGCAAAAGCUUUUGACCAGCGAGUUUCUGUUUUCAUCGGCCGACGACAAACUGUCCACCGAUGGCUAUUCCGAAGGAGUCGAUCUCACUUGCCCUCGUAAUAUCACCUUGUUGAGACACUCCGAGGGCGAUACAGUCGGUGGGCUGCAGCAUUUAGUUCAAUCAAAUCUUCUCGUCCCUGGGAAGACUGAUGACGAGUUCAAGUUUGCGAAUGAUCGUCUCGCCCAAGCUGCUCUCUUGCUCAACGAGAGUCGCAAUGUCGAAAAGAUGCACUUCAUCAUCUCUCAAGCCUUGAUGAAGUAUUAUCACGACCACCGUAGCCGCUAUUCGAUGGCCCAUCACGUGGCACUUUCCUCACGCCUUCUUCGGUCUCGUUUUGCUCGGCGCGUGGACUACAGAAGAAUUUUGUGGGAAGCUGGACAGACAGCUGCCCAGUCAAGCGCUCGACCCACCGCGCUUUGGUAUUUCCGUCAUUGCAUUGCACUUCUUCAGGACUCCCCUUGGGACGACCGCCAGCCUGAUGUCUACUACGACGAAACUCUUCGCCUUUUCAUUGCAGCCGCUGAAACGACCUGGUCCCAAGGAAACAAUGAAGAAGCCCUGGAGCUUAUUCAGGCUAUCUUCACGAAUGGCAAGGAUGCCAUCAGUAAGUCGAGGGCAUGGGUCAUUUCGGCCAAGAUUCAUGCACAAGCCGGGGACCAUCACCGAUCAAUGGAGGCUCUCCUCACUUGUCUCGACGAGCUUGGAGUCCACAUGCGUACACCCACCUCCUUCGAGGAUUGUGACGUCGCCUACCGGAAGCUUAAAGCGCACCUUGAGUCUGCGGAUCUAGAAGCUGUCGUACGAAAGCCAUUGAGUGAAGACCCUAUAGUGGUGACGAUUGGUGCAGUCAUGGCGGAGGCAAUGUCGGUCACAUACUGGGAUGAUUCUCAGACGUUCUAUCGAAUGGCCAUUGAGAUGAUGAAUAUUCACAUUUUUAGAGGUGGAUUUUCCCAAACAGCGAUUGGCUGUUGCCACCUCGCAAUGAUAGCGCUCAGUCGCUUCAAAGACCCGACAUUUGGAUUCAGACUAAGCGACGCAUCGCUCUUUUUACUGGAAAGGUGCACCGAAGUUUGGACCCAAAGUCGAGGCUUCUUGGUCCACAAUCUGUAUGUCAGUCAUUUGCGCGUUCCCAUGGCAUCGACUUUACCGGCUAUUGAAGCAUCCCUGGAAAACUCAUUCAUGAUCGGGGACCCCUACAUUUCCCUUAUCAGCAUCUCCUCGAUGGCCGUGGCCCGUCUCUGCCUGGGACACGAUAUGGGACAAUUGGAGGCCUUCUGUCAAGAGACUCCCGAGGAUGUUCCCAAUUGGAAUCAAGACACCCGUGGUGGAGCAACUAUCAUUGCGAUACGUCAAGUCGCUCGUGCGCUUCAAGGGAAAACCGAGUUUCGGGAUGCAGAAAACGUCCAGUCAGACGAUGAGCACAACACCGGCGACUACAUGAUGUGGCUUGAUGAGAAUUCCAGCAAUGCUGACCGGCCCCGAGACACAUACCUCGGGUUUGCCAUGAUACCUCUUUUCUUGUUUGGUCACUAUGCCAGGGCGGUCCAAGUAGGCACGAAGCUGCUCAAGACCGCUCACAGGCUUUGGUCCGCGCGAGUUUCUUAUCUGGUUUACUUUUAUCUAUCCCUCUCACUCCUCACAUUGCACAUCGAUUCCCCGUCGCUCGGGCCGAGUGAUGAGGAUAUGGACAAGAUCCUACAGUAUAAGGCCGAGAUUGACUUCGCACGAAGCUGCUCCGAUGCGAAUUACGGUAUGUGGGCGCUGCUUCUGGAAGCCUUGAUCAGCGAAGUGCAAAAAGACUACAGUACUGCCAUUCAGUCUUACGAAUCCGCCAUAGACCACUGUCAGGUACACGGGUGGCUUCUGGAGGAGGCGCUUGCUCUAGAACUGCAAGGCGAGUUCCUUGUUCGACGCGGAGCAAAAAGAGCGGCACGCGCUGUCAUGAAAGAUGCCAUCUCUGCAUGGACAGCUAUCAGUGCAAGUGGAAAAGCCCAGAUGAUUGUGGAGAAGCACGAGUGGUUGCUGAAAACAGCGACUUCAUCCAGGACGGCGGACAUUGGCUGCCAGACUGUGGACUCAUUAUCGGAGAUUACACGUUCUGCUGCGCAGGACGAAAUCACUUUGCCAUCUCACAUUGAGGAAGAAGAUAGGCGCCGUCGUUGGAUCGAACAAAGUGAACUCAGUCCUGGUCAGAGAUCUCUUGAUAUCUCGAGCGUUGGUCUUGAUAUUAUUGAUCUAUCCAGUAUAUUGGAGUCCAGCCAAGUAAUGUCCUCUGAGCUGCAAAUCGACAAGCUUUUCACCAAAAUGCUGGAAGUGAUCAUGGAUUCAUGCAAUGGUUUUGAAUUUGCCGUCAUUGCCACCGAAUUUGAGGAGCAAGGGUUCGCAAUUGCGGCUGCUGCAGACGCUGACAAGGGUCCAAAGUCAUUCCCAGACGGAGUUCCGCUUCCAGAAUUCGAAGGGCGCAUGGCCCAAGAGAUCAUUUACUAUGUCAUGCGCACGAAGGAAGAAGUCUUGGUUCACAACGUGCUCGAAGAUGAGCGCUUCUCGAAUGUCAGCGAAAGCUACCACGCGAAUUUCCCCCUGGGCCGAUCCGUGAUUGCCCUUCCCAUUGUCCAGGGUGAUCAGCUGCUCGGCAUCAUUCACCUUGAGGGAAAGCCCAACUGGUUUACCCAACGUAACGUGGUUGUCCUCCACCUUCUUUGCAACCAGAUUGGAAUCUCCUUGUCGAAUGCCUUGCUAUUCCGUGAGAUUCGUAAAGUUAGCGCCAAGAACGCUUCCAUGAUCGAGACUCAGAAGAGAGCUCUUGCCCAAGCUCGAGAGGCAGAACAGAAAGCCAAGGUGGCCGAGGCUGAAGCGAAGCACAACGUCAAACUCAAGGAAGAUGCCGCUCGUGCCAAGUCCAUCUUCUUGGCCAACAUCUCCCAUGACCUUCGCACACCGAUGAACGGUGUCAUUGGCCUUUCCGAGCUACUCAAAGCAACCACCUUGAACAAAGAGCAGGACGACUACGUUGAAUCUAUUCGUGUCUGCGCGGACACGCUGCUUACUCUCAUUAACGAUAUACUUGACUUUUCGAAAUUGGAAGCAGGCAAAAUGAAGAUGUCAACUGUCCCGCUCAACCUGAAGGAGACUAUAAGUGAGGUCAUUCGCGCUCUUCGAUACACUCAUCGUGAACGAGGAUUACAGACAAUUGAAGAUUUGGAGCGUGUGCCGCCUGAGCUGGUUGUGUUGGGUGAUCCUGUCCGUCUUCAUCAGAUUUUCAUGAAUCUGCUGAGCAACAGUUACAAAUUCACCCCGAAGGGCUCAGUCACUGUAACGGCCAGGACUGUGAGGGAAGCAAAAGGACGUGUGCGCUUAGAAUGCUCUGUUUCCGAUACUGGAAUUGGGAUACCCGAAGAGCAAAAAGCGCGUCUGUUCCGGCCAUUUUCUCAGGCUGACCCAUCGACCGAAAGAUCCUAUGGCGGCAGCGGUCUGGGAUUGAGCAUCUGUAAAGCCAUCAUCGAGGAUGUCCUUGGCGGGGCAAUCUGGCUAGAGUCGACCCUUGGAGUUGGGACUACGGUGACAUUCCACCUGGUGUUCAACAAGGCGCCAAAGAAGACUGCUGUGCAAACACCUUGGUCUCAAGACCUCCACCAUACAAGUACUGGAGUAACCUCCAGUGCUAAGGCACGGGACCUCACCCAGAUUCCUCGGGACCAAAUACGCGUUUGCAUUGCCGAAGACAAUCCCAUCAACCAAAAGAUUGCCGUCAAAUUUGUCACCAGCCUUGGUCUUCAAUGUGAGGCGUACAGUGACGGGAAACAGGCCGUGGAUGCGCUGCGUGCCAAGUCCAAAGAAGGGAAUCCUUUCCACAUCGUUCUGAUGGAUGUCAUGAUGCCCACUCUUGACGGGUACAAUGCUACGCGCGAAAUCCGGCGAGAUCCCGAUCCCAAUGUCAAUGAAGUUCUCGUGAUCGCCAUGACUGCCAGCGCUAUUGAAGGCGAUCGAGAAAAAUGCCUGGAGGCUGGCAUGAACAACUACCUCCCCAAGCCAGUGCGCUCUCCUAUUCUGAGUGAAUUGCUGGACAAAUACCUGGCGCCUGUUCCCGCCCAUCCACGCACACGUUUGACCAUUCGGGAGGCAAAAUCUCGAAGCAGUUUUAGUCUCGAUGGAGGCACUCCAACCAGCUUCUCAUCUUCGGCCUCGGAUGAUACUUUGAAUUUCUUGGGCCUGUCGACACCACAGCAAAAAUGA